AUGGAGUCCGAGGCCGAGAAAGGCGACAUCCAGACCCAAGUUCUCCGAACCACACUCGCCGAAAUCUCCACUUCGCGACCAAAUCAGGGCGUUGACUGCUGUGUCAUUUGCCUGGACGAGAUCUCCGAUCCGAGCACCGCCCACCCUUGUGGCCACGCCAACUUUGACUUCCUUUGCCUUGUGAACUGGGCCCAGCUCCAUCCGACAUGCCCGCUGUGCAAGGCAGCCAUCCGAGAAGUACAAUACGGAGCUUCCGCUUCCGAAGGCGGCACCGAGACGGACUUCAAGGUCUACAAGGUUCCCCAGCAAGACGAGCAAAAAGCAACCGCCAGGUCAAAUGUUGAGGCCCCGCAGAGCACCGCGUCAUCACAAAGAACCUUUGAGCACUACUUCCUUGGCCGACACCGUUCACACCGCCAUCGAGGCCAAGGAGGUGGCUCGCGCAGGGAGCCAGUCCCCGCCCCGCUCCCGAUACCGACCCUCGACGAAGCUAUUCUCCGCCGGCGGCACAUCUACCGCAACCAACUAUACUCCCUCCACGUCGGCUCAAACCGACUAUCCCAAUACCGCGACCUAACACCCGAGCUCUUCGCCUCCGACCCGCACCUCGUCUCGCGCGCCCGGCAAUGGCUCCGGCGCGAGCUACAAGUCUUCGAGUUCCUCUCCUCCGGCAGCGGCAGCAGCGGCAACAACAACAACCCCUCGACCACACAAAACAGCAGCAACAACAGCAACAGCAACAGUGGCGCCGAGGAGGCGGACGAGCGGACCCGCCAGCGGCAGCGGCGGCGACGCGCCAACAACGCCGAGUUCCUGCUCGAGUACACGGUCGCGAUCCUCAAGACGGUCGACGUGCAGGGCAGCGCGGGCCAGGCCGAGGCCAUGCUGUCCGACUUCCUGGGCCGCGACUGCGCGCGCCUGCUCCUGCACGAGCUGCGCGCCUGGCUGCGCAGCCCGCACGGCUCACUGGCGGCGUGGGACCGCGCCGUGCAGUACCCGGAGCCGAAUCCGAACCCCAAGCCCGGGUCGAGGUCGGGGUCGGCCAAGAAGAGGCGGGCCGAUGAUGACGAGGGUGCGGUUGAUGAAGGGGCGGACGACGACUGCGCGAGAGGAGGUCGCGGGUCGGAGACGGGUGCCGGGAUGGAGGUGCGGCCCCGGGGGGAUUACUGGCGUCCUAGGAAGAGGAGGUCUGAGUGGGGUGCGACGACCGACCGGCGUGGGGAGGGGACGGCGUAUGUGCGACGGGGAGAUGUGGGGAGACAUGUCCCGGAUUGA